GCAUAAUCUGGGCGCCGGUGUGCGUUUCGGUGGACAAAAUAGGGACUCGAGAAACAAGAACCUCGUGCUUUUUUGGCAGCACACGGUCCGUCGUCUUCCAACGUAGGCUCGCACGGUGUUUAGGGUUAAUGCUCCUCAAAAGUAAACCCCUUCCGCCAUUAAACCCUAAGGUGCCCUCUCGUCUCCGAGGUUCCUGGUUGUGGAUUUGGGGGAAAGCCAUGGCUGGCCACGGAGCUAGAGAAAACGAACAGUGCCAAAUGUCAUCGUCGCGCAGCAAUGUGCGUGCCGAGAUCACCACGAGGUCAACGCUCGUCGACCCUCGGCCCUCUGCCCGCACAUUGUGCUGCUAGUCAGGAUAGCGAGAUGUGCUAGACUCAUCAGACCUACGACCUCGGUCACCACUUCUGUUCACUGCUCUCUGUUUCGGGGAUUUCGGGGAGUUCGUGCAGUCUGCGAGGACCCUGUAUGGUUGCUGUCGCAAUGUUCGAUGUUCAAGUCGCCUGCUGCAGUCGGUCUAUCCCCGUUGGCCCAGGAUGUAAAUUUCGCUCCCCAUUCCGGCCGCCAGCAGCAGGUGGCAGAGCUCGGCGGCUGCAGGUCAGAAUUGUGUGCUCUGCUCCGGGUUCGACCAAUGGCAGGCCGGGAGGAGGAGUCGACAGAGCUGCGGAGACUUUCAAUGGAAGCUCUAUGUCGGAUGAUAUCUCCGUGAAAAAUCCAGCGAAUUACGCUCAGCAGGAACAAAGACCCAGGAAGAAAACAGUCCCAGCUUCAGGAAGGGAGAUUCCUGAAGGCGAGGAUCCGUUCCGACUGCUCGAGAAUGGUCAAAAAGUCUACCUUGACGAGCUCGAUGUGAUCUCUCUUCUGGAGCCGCCAACAUACUUGCGUCCUCACCAGUCUUUCAAUUACAAUCAUGCUGCCUUUCUCUGGAAGAAAAUUGGUGACAUCCCUGAGGAGCGUCGGCAUAGAUUGUUAGAUUUACUACUACCGAGGCAGAUAACCAAAUUGUGGGAUAUAGCCGGUUUGAGGUACGACGAUCCAGAUCUUUUUGUGGAGGAUGCCGGAGGUUUAAUUUCCAAACCUGCAUUACAAAACCCAGGCAAGCCCAUUGUUUGGGAUGGAAGAGUCACAAAUGUACCUUGGUACUAUACCCCGUUCAGCAGAUUUCAAAAGGUAUUUUUUAGUAAGAGCGGAAAGGUGUUCGGGAGGGUGAAAACGGGAGGUUAUUUGCUCCAUGGCAUUCAAGGGAAAGUAGCUCCUCUAUAUUUUGAGGUGCAGCAAGUCGACCAAGUGAUGGCGACUGACGAGUUUUGUGACCUUGUUUUUGAGUAUGGAGACGGUCAAUUGCAUCUGAAAGGAUCACUUCCUUCAGGCUUUCCUCAGCCAGUGACGCAUCUUCCUCCUUUCAAUGACAAGCUUUGUGAUUAUCUUCGAGCUGUUGGCCCUGGUGUGGUGGUAGGUCAGGGUUGGAUCGAAGGUUUAGACCUGGAACAAAUCCCCCGGCGGUUAUUUGGAGAGUUUGUAAUGAUACAAAAAUAUGAAUAACACCAUGAUCUCACCCUUUUGUGACGAUAUAGUUUUCACGUCCCUUGACGUGAGGCUAUUAUACAGUAUAUGGUUCCAAAGCUUUACUUUAUCUCAGGCAAGAAUUGCGUGUUGAAUAUUAUAAUUAUAUCUUGGAGGAGUCAUUCUCUUUCAACGUUUG